AUGUCUCCUGCCAUCGUUCAAGCCGGUGCUGGCUCUGCCUCUAAGGAUGUCAAGAAAGAAUCGGCGACUGCUCGUCUGCUAGGCUCAGGAACCGCCGGUAUUGCCGAAUUGAUGGUUUUCCAUCCCGUUGAUACCAUAGCGAAGCGAUUGAUGAGCAAUCAGACACGAAUCGCAUCCACCGAAGUCUUCAACCAGGUCGUCUUCAAGGAGUACGCAACUGCUCCUAUCGGACGCAAGUUCACCUCCCUCUUCCCCGGGCUGGGCUACGCUGCUGGAUACAAGGUUCUGCAAAGAAUUUAUAAGUAUGGUGGUCAGCCUUUUGUUCGGGACUAUCUCGCCAAGCACCAUGGCUCCGACUUCGAUCGUGCUUUCGGAAAGGGGACUGGCAAGGCCAUCAUGCACGCUACUGCUGGAAGUUUGAUCGGUAUCGGAGAAAUCGUCCUUCUGCCCCUUGAUGUUCUGAAGAUUAAACGUCAGACGAAUCCCGAGGCCUUCCGUGGACGUGGCCUCUUCAAGAUCAUCUCCGACGAGGGUAUGGGACUCUACCGUGGCGCUGGCUGGACUGCAGCUCGUAACGCCCCCGGAUCUUUCGCGCUCUUCGGUGGUUCCGCUUUUGCAAAGGAGUACAUUUAUAGCUUGAAGGACUACAACAAGGCCACAUGGGGUCAGAACUUUGUGGCGUCCAUCUGUGGUGCUAGUGCGUCUCUGGUCGUGUCUGCUCCUUUGGACGUCAUCAAGACUCGUAUCCAGAACCGCAACUUUGAGAAUCCCGAGUCUGGCUUCCGAAUUGUGUCCAACAUGAUGAAGAACGAGGGAUUCACCAGCUUUUUCAAGGGCCUGACUCCUAAGCUACUGAUGACCGGGCCAAAGCUCGUUUUCAGCUUCUGGCUGGCCCAGACCUUGAUCCCUGCAUUCGGACAGGUUGUCUAA